CAAAGCAAAACAAAACAUAUCAAAAUUUCUAUUUUAAUAUAUUUUCCUUUCUACUUUCUUUACUUGCUACAACAAUACUUCACAAGAAAGACAAUAAGCUAUAACCACUUUAGCUAAAAAAGAAAAAAGUUAUGAAAAGUCAAAAAGAAAUAAUCAACCUCGAAAAUCAUCAUGAUUUCAUCUCUAAUGGCUUGAGUUUUCCUUCAAACAUCGCGAUAUCACCAUCAUCUUCUUCUUCUUUUUCCUCGAGCAAUGCAUUAGUUUCAAAAAAAUACCAGAGCUCGAAGAAAAUUGAAGAAGAAAAAAAGAAAAAAAAGAUAAAUAAUGAUGACGAGAAUAAGCACCCAACCUAUAGAGGGGUACGUAAGAGGAGUUGGGGCAAAUGGGUGUCUGAAAUUCGAGAACCAAAAAAGAAAUCAAGAAUAUGGUUAGGUACUUACCCAACAGCUCAAAUGGCAGCGCGAGCUCAUGACGUUGCAGCUUUAGCCAUCAAAGGAUGUUCGGCUCACCUUAAUUUUCCUCAUUUGGUUGGUCAAUACCCACAUCCGGCUUCCACUUGUCACAAGGAUAUCCAAGCAGCAGCCGCAAAGGCUUCUGCCAUCCCAUUUCCCGAGGAAGAAGAAGAUCAAAUCGAGUCGGAUCAAGUUGAAUUACGAAAUUGCCAUCCAUCAACAAAUUUAUUCUUGGAAAAUGCCAAAGAAUCACUAAAUUCUCCAUCAAGAGAGGAUGAUGACACAUUUUUUGACUUGCCUGAUCUUUCCAUUGAUGUGGUGGAUCAAACUAAUAGUUAUUGGUGCACAAUGUCCACGUGGCAGCAGCUAAUUGGAGCUGACACUACGGUAUACCGGCUCGAUGAGCCAUUCCUGUGGGAGUAGUUAUGAUGCAUCGAGUGUUUAUAUCAAUCAGAAAUUCGAUUCUAAUUGUUAUAAAUAUUAGUAAUAAUAUGUGUGUACGUAGGAGACGUACAUCUUGGAUUCAUUGAAUUGAUGUAAUUAGUGUGAAGUAAGUAUUUUAUUUUUAUUUUUUAUUUUUUGAUUAUUUUUACCUAAUGUCUGAUAAACAGGGAACUUCUUUUAUAGUGAAAAUAAAAAUGUUACUAUAAGGUCUAAA